AUGAAUGGCUUCGAGCUUAAUACUGUCAAUGAUAGCAAUGAAGCCAUUAAUUUAAAAAAAAUCUCAAUGGAGUAUGUCACCACUGGUCGAAUCCUUUCUAAAACCAUUACCAGAUUGGAGGAUAUAAGUGUUGAGUUCAAUAGAAAAUUUUUAAUAUUACAUUGUGUUGAUCUUAUUGAAUUUUUUAGUCUGGAGAUCCCACAAGCUGGUUCUCCAACCAAUAAUCCUGAUGUUACAAAAUGUGCUACCAACUGGUUUAAAUUAUAUAAAGAAUUACGGGCUGAGGAUAUUACAAGCAUUGAAACUAGUAGAUAUCAAUUAUAA